AUGUCUUUCAACAGACUAGCGCUGGCAGCUGCGUUACUAGAAUAUGACGGUACAAACAAGGCUAAAGAUUCUGCCCUGUUUGCGCCUGCACCUCUCACUGCAAAAGAUGGUCACAACAAAUACGCUACCUUUCACGGCGAUUCCACCGAUCACCCAGAUCAUUCAGAUAAAUCCAGCGCAGUUGAUGAUCCUGUCAAUUCAAUCAAUCCUAUUAAAUCUGAUAUCGCUAAGUCGGUUGAAGCCUAUCGUGCUGGUUUCAAUACGCCAUACCCAAUUCAUCAACAGCGCGAGCUUGAUGAAAAUAAUAAAUUCGAUGACGUGGAUCUCGAUAGCUGGGGCUUGGAUCAGUUCCUUGUCAAAAGCUCUUCCUCUGAUUUACCACCACCACCACCUCUAAGACCUCAGCCUGGUGAGGCACGCGCCUCUAAAAAUCGAACUUUAUCUGAUGCUGCAAACGUCUCUGAUAUCGCUGCUGUUGCUUAUCACACUUCACACUCAGAACGAGCUCGUGAUGACAGUUCCCUUGCGAAUCUAAAUCUCUUUAGAGACUCUUCGGCUGUUGAUAUAGCAAGAGAACCUCAGGCUGAUUCUAGUGAUAAAGAGGGCAGGGAAAGAGCUCAAUCGUCCUUAGGAUUUUACAGAGACGCAAAAUCAGAUUUCACUCUGCCACCCUUCGAGUUCACGUCUAAAGCUGAUCCAGAAAUUAUCAAUUCAACCACCACUGAACACAGAAAGUCUGCUGAUAGUUAUCGUAGUGAUAUACCUCCUCAUUUGCGACCCUCAUUACCCAAAGAAGACAAUGUAAAGACAGUUUCAAGAAACACCUUACUUCGCCCAAAGACCCUUAUCAUGCCUGCCCCACUCCAAGGCUCACUUGACGAUAUUAACGUCCAUAGAGACGAUAUAGAUUUCCAUCACAUAUCAACCGAGCUCAAAGUACCCUUACCCCAGGCUUUGAAAAGGGCUAGAGAACAAAAGAGACACACAGCUUUAGCUAUGAAUAGAGCUUCUGUUGCUGUUCCUUUAAAUAGUAAAUCUGAACACGGCGUUUCUUUCACAAAUCGCAACUCAAGAGCCAGUGUCUUUGCACCUUCUGCUGCUAACUCACAUGCACAAGGUCCUCACGUUGGAUCUAGUGCUGGUCUACCAACGGCUCAAUCUGAAGGUGAACAAGCUCAACUUUAUGAUGAAGAACUCGAAGAUGAAUAUGAUAUGGCAAUGGUUAGAGCUCGAAAAAUUCGUGAAAUGGAUACAUCGGAGAUGCAGCCUGGAACUAUAUUUGGAUCAAGCUUAAUGGACGAUAUCGAUUCACGUAAGCAAGCUCAGAAAGACAAAAGGAGAUUUUUCAGAGGUGAUGAACGUCCGCAAGGGUCGACUGCGGAUGGCAGGGAAAGUUCUGCACCAGUCAUCACCCGCAUGCAAUCAGUUUUCGGAGUUGAUGAGUUGUGGCAACGCGAUCAAGCUAAAGCUGAAACACUCGCAGCUGCUGAAAAAGCUGAUACUGAGAGAAAGCAAAGAUUGGCUGUAGAGAAAGAGCAAAAUAGAUUAUUGAAGAAGAGCAACAAAAAGAAUUUGAUGAGUUUGAAAGGCAGUCCUUCCAAACAGAGCUUACCGCAGACUCCUUCAGUCAGCGUUAAUGACAAAGAGAACGCUGAUGCUACCUCUGAAAGUCUCGACACGGGAGAAGUGGCUCCUCCUCAAGCAGUGACACCGUCUAUGCAAAAUGAAACUGUACUUGGUGUAAGCAAAUGGUUUAACGGAUCAGAUUCAGGAUCUACGCACUUACCAUCAGGACGCCCAUCUAUAGACCAUGAACCAAAGCAAUUUUUAAGACCAAAGAGAAAUGAACAAUGGAGGCACGCGCCUCGAAAGUCUAUCGUUCCAGCAUCAAGCAGGGCUCCAGAUGGCUCGUUACCUCCAGUUGAAUUGCUGCAAUCAUCUCAAUCGAUUGGCCCUGAGAAUAGCGAUGAAGAGGAUACCAUGCCAAUAUCCAAUAUUAUUAGAUCUAGAUCCCAAGAAUCAGAUUUACGGGCUAAUAUAAAAGUAGAAAAUGACGAGAGCGAGGAUGAAAGACCAUUAUCCACAUUCAUCAGACCGUCAAGGACACCAAGCGAGCAAGUACUCAUGCCAAAGAUUCAAGUAGAGCUUCCUGGUGACUCUGAAAGAGAAGUACAGAAAGAGGAAGACGAAGAUGAUGUACCGCUAGGUCUAAAGCAUCCACAAAUGAACUCACACGGACAAUCAAGACUAGAAGAUGAUGACGAUGUUGCUCUUGGAUCAAGACCAGCCGCAGCUGCAUUCCAACAGCGCAACAGCAUGUAUCCGGCGGCAUCGAGACAAUCCAACAUGAGUUUUGGCUACCCAGGAUCAACAAUGAGCUGGAACCCAGCUGCUAUGGGAGGGUAUCCACAGAUGCCUAUGGCAGGAAUGUCUACAAUGUCAAUGCCAAUGCAGAUGCCCCCAAUGGGAGGGUUUGCGCCACCAUAUGGGGUAUACCCAGGCAUGGGUAUGGAUCCAAUGAUGAUGGCACAGAUGCAGGCACCUUCAAUACCCCAAUUGUCUGCACCAGAUCUUCAAGCACCACCACAUGCGCAAAACAUUCAAGAGAAGCAAACAAAGAAGAUCAAUUCGAUUGAUCAGUGGAGGAGAGAUGUACAAAAUGUAGGAUGA